CAUAGAUCCGCACUGCACAGCGUUACAGAAAACCAGAAGCAAUGGUUGGUCUUUGGAAUUGCACUGAACAAAGUUCUAGUUUCCCAAAUACGCCCUUUUGUAGAAAUAGAAGUCCAAAAAGAAUAUGGCAAUCUUCAAACUAGCCAUGGCAUUCAUACUCAGAGCACAUCAGGGCGUCUUAAGCACUGGCCAAUGUCCUUGAAGUAUGAGAACAUCAAUGGUAAUGAUGGAAUUCCUAGACUACCUCAUGGAAGGUAUGACUUCUCCAAGUUUGAUUGCCGAGUGAUGUCACAUGUUGACUUUGCUAAGUUGUAUGUGGAGAAUCACAUGGCUAAAUUCAAUGCAUUUGAUGAGUGCUGUGAUGCAUCAGCAGUGCUUACGCUGCUUGGCAGAGUCCCAGUGUUCUCUUUUGAUGUACAAAGUGCAGCAGGUGCUGUAAGAGAGGCUAGGAAUGCCUGGGCACACUGUAUAUUCCGUGAAUGGGAUCCUGUGAAUUAUAAACAGAGCUUUGCUGCUUUGGAACAGCUUGUUAAAAAACUCGGCCUUCCAGGUUCCAGCAGAAAGGACCUUUUAGCAGAGCUAAAGGAUUGGGAGGAGAAAGGUAUCUUCUUUUAUUUAUAUCACAGUUAUUUUCAGUAAUUUUAUUUUAUUAGUGUACUUGUGUUUAGAGGUGCACAACAUUUCGACAUUCUUACAAAAAUUAGAAAAAAAAUCAAGUUAAAAUAUACCAUUACAGUGUGAAAUACCCAUUGUAUGCAAAAUGAUAGGUAGUGAUGUGGUGUAAACAAAUAGUUGAUUGGCUUGAUUAAUCAUGCAAACACCUCAAUAGAUGGAUCAAAGUUGUUUGAGUGGAGUGCAUUUGUAUAUUGAGUUUCUGUUUUUGCAUGAAAAUGCAAACAUUUAUUAAUGAGGAAGCCUUGACCUUUCACUGACACUUCCCCAGGAAUGAGAAGUGCUCAUCAUGGUGAAAGGUCUUGACUUGGUGUUCAUAAUUCUUCAGAUGUUUAUUUAAUUACAUGUAUCACUAUGGAUGGCAAUGUGUUGCUAUAGGAUGGCAACUCAUGUAACCAAUGCAUGUAUCACACAUUUGUACUGUACAUGGUGCUCUGAUAACUGACCUUGGAUGGCUUUCCCUCUUCCAUUCUUUACUCUUUCUAUUUUACCACCGAAGUUUCAAUUGACUUUUAACAGCUUCCUGUUAAGACUUUUGAUUCUCAUAUGCCAUUUUAAUCUGGACUGGUUGCCAGGUGAGAAUUUAUAAAGGCGGCAAUAGUGGAGACAAGUAACUUCUGUGGGUACGGAAAAUUUUGAAAGAUAUCUUAAAUGGUUCAUAUUCCUUUCUGAAAAUAUCCUAGGAUUAAGAGCUAUAGUAUCAUGGUCUUAAUUAAGGAAUGCUCUUUUACCUUUGGUCCUUAUGGGUCUGAUGAAAGUUGAGAGGUAGACUCAUGUUUGCUGCAGGUUUCCUUAAAAAAUAUUGUUGUCAGACAGGUUCUAGAUUUGGAAUUUGUUAGUUUCAUGGUAGAUCUUAAUGCUAGGUGGUAGGCGUUUAAAGUUUUUAGGAACUUCAUGGUGGCUUGAAUGUCCUUGACUUAGCCAGAUUUUCCUCUUAGCAAUGAUAACAUCAUGACAUCUUUGAAACUUUUGCGUACUUGGAAUUGCUGAGGUGUAGAAAGGAGCUUGACCUCAGUUGGUAGCAGACCUGGAAAUAAGUUGUCUCCCAGGAUAGGAGGCCAAUUUGCAGCAACUUGCAUUUAAGCCUGUCGAGUUAAUAAUUUGGGCGGGAGAUUCUUCUUUGCCUCAAGUGGGUUUUUCCGUCAGUCAUCCCGAGGACUUAUUUAAUGCACCAAUAUAAACAACUUCUUUGUGCUUUGUUUGAAAGUGGACCAGUAAAGAGAGAAAAGUGACAUUUGCAAGGGUAAAAAGGGAAAACUUUAUGGAUCUAUGUUUUCCAAGACAAUAAUAACGCCAUUACUUAUUGUUGUCUUGUAACAGUGUAGUGAAUUUGGAUAUUGAGUUGUCAAGUAUUAGGAUGCUGCUGGAUGACACUGAGCUGUGUUCCUGACUACUGUAAAAUCUUAUCCCUUUCUAUCCACAAUUCUUAUAGCUUAUGUGCCUUAUUUUUGCGUAUUUCUUUCGCUUUUCAUGUGUAUAAACCAAUUCUGAUAGAAAAAAAAAAUUCCCCAAAAAAAGAAAUCUGAGUCUUUUUCGGGCUUUUAAGUGCUUCAUUUUGUCUAAAAGUGUCCCGUACACUGGUAACGAGUCAGCGGGUGAUGACGUAGAAAACUGUGAAAGUCACAAAUGUCUCUUACAAAUCUCUCACAUCUCUUGUAAUUUUGUAUUAGUCAGCGUUGAAAUACUCUUGAAAUAAUGUUCGAUUGCGAUGUAUAUCUACCUUCAGCAAGCUCUACCAAGAGUUGUGAUAAGGUGGUAUCUAUGACCAGUUUCAUAGUGAUUUAUGUUUCAAUCAGGAGAAAUUGAUAGGCAACGGUCUUCGAUACUUCAUGCUCAAUACACGGCGUUUUCUUGCAACUUUCUUCUUCACUUAAGAUGGUAAUUUUAACCAUGCUCAUCUCCACUGGAUGAAAAAGGAAAAAUGAUCAUUUUUCUAGAUCUAAGCCAUAAUAUAAAUGGAAACUGCAAAGCCCGCUAAUUUGACUUUUAUUUCAGGCACAAUUCUUUGUAUGAACGUAACCAUGGAUCCUGAUUUGUUGAACUUGGUACAACAGCACGUUCAUGAUCUGAUGACAGAUGUAGAAAAGCUGACGUUUAAAGUACAAGAGGACAGAGAACGUGUCUCACUGGCACUAGAAGAAAUGGAAACAAGACUUGAUCGGAUGCAGGUCGAGCAAGAAGCUAUAAACCGAGAUCAUUCACAGGAAAUCGAAUGCUUGAAAGAAAGAGUCUCACUGCUGGAAAAUCAAGGUAAGGAAAGUGAAAAUAAACACAACUGUUAGUCGUCUGGUCAUGAGCUUGCUAAUAGACCUAAUAUAACAGAUGAACAUGGUUCUGUAUUAUUUAUCUGUGACAAAAACUUUUCAAAGUUUCAUAUGAAACAUGAACACAGUGAUCCCGUCAGUGCACUAAGUUUACCCCUUUGCAUCCGCACCCACUGUGAUUUCAUGAUCGAGGCGUGAGCAUACAUGCUCUUGAAUCAAACUGUCACGUUAUGUUUUAGCAAUAAAUAAAACUGUCAUUUGAUCCCUACGGUUACGCGCGUGCUUUCAAUGAAAAACACGAUGAAUAAAAAUUCCCGUAUGUGGUUCAAAACGAAAGCGCAAGGAGGAACAGAAAAAGCUGUGCAACCCUGAGAGAUGUGAGCUAAAAGAAGAGCGAAAGAACGAAAAGAGGCGUCGAUCAUACGAUAAAAUGCAAAUUGACUGACUAAGGUCGGGCUGGACGCAGAAGUACUUAGCUCUCGGUCGCAGAGAACGAACGUUGAGUCAAAUAUUAACCCUUCAGCCCCUCCACCCAGUCAUUAAAAAUGUUAUGAUAUAUCCAAGCUAUAAAGUUGGAAUGUCGUACGAUUAUAAAACUAGCUACUUAUCAAAUCAUUUUUUUCUUUAUUCAGGGGCCUGCAAUCCUAAAGGUUCUGAGGAUGUGAUAUCUCAACAAUGCCACAGCACGGUGUCUGCGGGUGGGUUCCUUGUGUCCCUCAUCAGAUUGCAUAGUAAAAGUAGCUCUCAAAAUAGUACUGAUAUAGCUAUCACUGAGUGAUACAAUGAUCACUGAACAGUAAGAUCGAGCAAUUUACAUGAUUCUCUCCAUUAUCCAACCAUAAAUAGUAUCUUGAUUCGAAAAAACAACGUCAUCUACUCUUGCCUUAUUUGCAGAGAUUUCUGUGUUUGAUGCUGAUAUCGCAUUUUUUGCCAAGCGGCAUGAUCCUCACACGAGACAGUGGUUCUUUGAUGAUUUUAACGCCUGGUUCCGUGAUUCUGGAAACUCUAGAGCCUAUGUUCUACUUGGCGACCCAGGAAUCGGAAAGAGUGUCAUAGCCGGAGCCUUGGCACAGCGAAUGAGAGAGACUGGACAGUUAGGUGCAGCAUACUUUUGCCGUCACAACGAUGGUACCAGAAACGACCCCAGAUAUCUCCUUGGAACUGUUGCCCAUCAAUUGUGCGCCUGUAAUGAUAAGUAUAACGAAAUUAUAGGGGGAGAGAAUGGGGUAAAAAUGCUGUUAGGUAACUCUAAACUCGGUGUUAAGGAACUGUUUACUAAACUAUUGCAUGAGCCAUUAAGCACGUGUGGGUCAAGCGACAAGAAAUAUUUAGUCAUUAUUGAUGCCUUAGAUGAGACAGAAUACGAGUCCAGGGAAGAUUUUCUUGAUCUUAUUAAGCAUCGUUUCUCCAUGCUACCCGAAUGGCUUGUGUUCUUUGUCACCAGUCGCCCUGAAGAAUCUGUUCAAUCAAGACUGAGGAGGUACAACCCUUGUAUUAAAAUCUGUGCCGGUAACAGUGACCAGCAGAACUUUUAUCAGAAGCAUGAGCAAGAUAUUCAAAACUUUUUGGAGAAAAGGAUCGAUUUCUCUCGUCUUGCCAUCUCGAUUGACGAUGUGACUAAAAAGUGUGACGGAUUAUUCUUGUACGCACAUUAUAUCGUGAAAGAAUUGAAAGACGCUAUCGUUUCUAGCAAGAAAAUCAGUUAUAUAAACCAACUUUUCCCGGGAGAUAUUGACGAGUUCUUCCUUAAGAAUUUGGAAAGAGUCUGUGUCCAAGUUGGGGAGGAUAUUUUCAAGCAACUCUUUGGUUGCGCCAUCGUAGCCCCAUCUCCACUACCUUUGUCUAUCAUUUCGUACAUCCUUGAAAGGGAAAACUCGACUCACGAUGAGCGACAAGUGGUCGAUGCCUUAUCGCUGUUUGUGGUGUUACGGUCUGCUGAUCAGACCUUAACUUUUUUGCACAGUCUGGUGCCAGCUUGGUUGUCGAACAAGUCGAAAGCUCGAAAGUUAUUCAUCAAUAAAGAAACCGCAAUCAAUUACCUUAGAGACGUUUUUAUUGAAAUUGCUUCUUCAUUUAUCCAGAAUUCUCCAAAACCAUGCUCAUCCAUUGACGUGGACUUGUUGAACUAUGUGGUGCGCUUUUCAGUUCGCUUUUUAUGUAAAUUUGGCGGGAAAGAUUUCUUGAAACUCAUUUUUAAUUGUUUAACGAAUUAUCAGUACAUAGAGAGAAGAUUGCUUUGUGGAAAAAUCGAGAUAUAUCAUCUAAUUGCAGAUUUUCAUUUGGCUGUUGCACUUUUAACUGCCGAGAACAAACAGGACCAAAAUGUCCUGCGUGAGAUCUCUACGAUUCUUACAUCGAAUGCUCUCAUUCUUUCAGAAUGGCCUCACCUUCUGUACACAUGUUUAAAAAACACUUCAGCCGUUCUUCCAGAGACCGUUUUGGUUUCUGAACUUUCAGGUCCUUGUUUAGAGAGCAGCUUUCCUAUUUUUAUUGACUCAACAUUACAGAUAUGCAUUGCUUUGCUACUUCUAGUAGCAAUUUGGUCGCUGGGUCGGACGGUCAUUCCUUGCUACUCUUUGAUGCAUCUAAAGCGCACUUAAUAAGUGACGUUUGUGAAGUAAGCGCACUUGACGAAAUAAGACAUAUAGAAGUUUCCCCUGAUGGCCAAUUUAUAUUUUUUGGACGCCUUGACGGGUGGUUUUCAGUAGAACGAAGAUGUGUGGAAAGAAUCCCGCAGUUCUUAGGAAAUUCUCAUUUCUACCAGUGGGGCGUUUUUACUCGCGAUAGAAAGUCCAUUGUCGUUAGAAGACAGGGAUUUAAGAGUGGAGUCAACUGUGAAUCCAAGUCUUGUCUAACAAACUUGAUUAUUUUGUGGGCUUUUAAGGAAAUUGAGGAGAGCCAAGAUGAGGAGGUGACUGUUCGUUCGGAUCGAGAGGCUUGUUGGCAUACCGACGAGAGUUGUCUUUGCUACAAAAAAUGGAGUUUACUCUUAAACUCGUAUCGAGAACCACCUUUGGAAGCCGUUCGUUCCGUUAUCAUCGAGCUUUACUCUUACAUUUUCCAAUAUCAGGUGUGGGAUGUAAAGACUGGAGAACCCGUGUUAAAGCACCUUUUUGCAGGGGAUGCUCACCUAGAUGCUUUUACAUAUUUUUUUCAUUUUGGCUAUGUGUUUUCUGAUUUUAAUUUCGAAACGGUGUUUUCAAAGGGUGUUAUCGAAUUAGGAUCGAUUUGUAAUUUUCAACUUUUAAGCGCCAUUAAUCGAACAGGAAGGCUUGACAUUUUUUGUAGGAACGUGUUAGAGAAAGAAUUCAAAAUAAGUAAGGCAAUGGAGAUUGAAAUGAAACGCCUGAAAAAAAAAAUUCUUUUCCCACGUGGAUCAAACUGAGUGUUAUUUCCGAUAGAUUGAAAAGUACGUCGAUGCAAGUUAGGAUACUCCAAGAAAUGCUGAGGACGAAGUCGACCAGGAAGCAUUAUCAAACUCGGUCGACUCUACGUGGUGUAAUAAAGUACCUGUGGGAAGGAAGGUCGAGCGACUAUGGGGAUGAUUCGAGCGAUGAGUUGAAAUCAUUUACCCCUCAGACAUUGAACAAGUUUGAUAAUGAAGCAUUAACAUUUGAUGUUUGUUCAAGCAUUCCGAAAGGAUUUCAGAAUCUAGUUCAUGAGAUGAAAGAAGAGAUCUGCCUUUACUUGUCACCAGAAAGAAAGUGGAUCAUCGCAGCCGAUAACCAGGAGUUUCUUAAGAUUAUUCCAAGAAGUCAACAACACUUCUCUAACGACUGGGAGACCACAGGGCAUAUCAUCAGUAAUUGCAAGUGGUUUUCAAAAUUUACGUUCACAAUCGACGAUCUCUUCUUUAUCUAUAUUGCUGAUGGAAAUUCCUCGCUUUGCGCCUUAUCUCUCCAAACAGGCUCAGUUCUCACUAGUGUGUCGGGAUGCAAACUCUACUACUUUUCUAACGAAGGGCAGUUGGGUUAUUUGUUUCGUGGCGAUAUCGAAGAUAAAGCCAUCUUUUUAUCGAAUUUAUUCUGUCCUUUCAUGUUCAUGUCAGAAUCACUUUUGGUACCCUUAAAAUUAGGAGAGUCGGUCGCUACUGUGUACUGUUCGAACGGUGCGUUUACUUCCGUGUCUCUUUCGGACACGUCAGUCGCACAAAAAUCAGUUGCGACCAUGUUCUGUUCCGCGGAUAAGCGUUUUAAAUGUUACGUCUGACUCAAGAGUAACGUUUUGGCAGAUCAACAAAGCAAGAGAAGACUUCACCAUCAAAUCUCAGGACAAACUGACACUGGAAGCGGCUCAUGUAAAGAACUGUGUUCUCUCUCCAAGCGGACAGCUCAUAGCCAUUCACCAAGGAAUCAUUGUGAAUCUAUAUAUCCUCGCAGUUGCUAACUUUGUGGAGGUCCUCCACAAAAUAGACUUAUUUAAAGCAGAAUGUGAGAACACGACUGUGCACAUGGCGUUUUCAUCAGACAGUACCUCACUUCUUCUUUGUGUACAGGAUUACAAACCUCCUCCGCUUUGCUUUGUGUGGGAUGUUGCAGGAAAAACUAGAUCAGGGAAUUUUAGGUCACAGACACUUCUCAAUGUAGACUGUUGUUGUCUUUCAUCUUGCAAAACGAAACUUAUUCUUUGUGGCGAAUAUCAGAUUGAGAUCUGGAAGUACAAUGAAGAUCCUUGUCGGCUCUUGAACAGACUUGGAGUGGAGAAGUCCUACCAGUCUGUCAAUUUCAGUAAGUGCUGCGUUUCUCUGGACAAUGAAUUUUUAGCUUGCUGCAUUGCUAACAGAAUUCUUGUCUACAAUCUUAACGUUUCUCAUAUCAAUUCCUCCAAGCGGGUUCUCCGCGGCCAUCUUGGUAGAAUUGAUUUUUGCAAGUUUCUUAGAGAAAAUCGUUACCUCAUCUCCUAUGGUAUCGAUGGUAUGGUUUUUUUGUGGGACAUGAGCGGAUUCAAAGCUGUUGGAUUUUCCAAAGCAGCCCAAGGCGAGGAGUGCAUUCUAAGCAUGGCGGUUUCCCGUGAGGAAGACGUAGCCGUCUGUUUUAAUUCGUCUGGUCGAGUGUGCCUAAUAAGACUCCGUGGGCUGGGCUCUGCACUGCCGUUGAACACUCUUUUGUCUUUGGUAGAGGGUCGAUCAAGGAUUGAAAACGCUGAAGCUGAAACAAGCCUUUGUUUGGCUGGAGAACAAACUUCUUUUACUAAGGUUGAUGACAUGGCGGAGGCAGAGAGCAUUUCUGACUCUGAAGAAGACAUGUACCUUAACCACUGGUACUCGGAACACGAAAGUUUGGUUGAUUCAGACGACGAAUGCUGA